AUGCUUUCCCUGAUGCUCUCCCUGAUGCUUUCCCUGAUGCUCUCCCUGAUGCUUUCCCUGAUGCUUUCCCUGAUGCUUUCCCUGAUGCUCUCCCUGAUGCUCUCCCUGAUGCUUUCCCUGAUGCUUUCCCUGAUGCUUUCCCUGAUGCUUUCCCUGAUGCUUUCCCUGAUGCUCUCCCUGAUGCUUUCCCUGAUGCUUUCCCUGAUGCUUUCCCUGAUGCUUUCCCUGAUGCUCUCCCUGAUGCUUUCCCUGAUGCUUUCCCUGAUGCUUUCCCUGAUGCUCUCCCUGAUGCUUUCCCUGAUGCUCUCCCUGAUGCUUUCCCUGAUGCUCUCCCUGAUGCUUUCCCUGAUGCUCUCCCUGAUGCUUUCCCUGAUGCUUUCCCUGAUGCUUUCCCUGAUGCUUUCCCUGAUGCUUUCCCUGAUGCUCUCCCUGAUGCUUUCCCUGAUGCUUUCCCUGAUGCUUUCCCUGAUGCUUUCCCUGAUGCUUUCCCUGAUGCUCUCCCUGAUGCUCUCCCUGAUGCUUUCCCUGAUUCCUGCUUUCCCUGAUGCUUUCCCUGAUGCUUUCCCUGAUGCUUUCCCUGAUGCUUUCCCUGAUGCUUUCCCUGAUGCUUUCCCUGAUGCUUUCCCUGAUGCUUUCCCUGAUGCUUUCCCUGAUGCUUUCCCUGAUGCUUUCCCUGAUGCUUUCCCUGAUGCUUUCCCUGAUGCUUCCCUGAUGCUUUCCCUGAUGCUUUCCCUGAUGCUUUCCCUGAUGCUUUCCCUGAUGCUUUCCCUGAUGCUUUCCCUGAUGCUUUCCCUGAUGCUUUCCCUGAUGCUUUCCCUGAUGCUUUCCCUGAUGCUUUCCCUGAUGCUUUCCCUGAUGCUCUCCCUGAUGCUUUCCCUGAUGCUUCCCUGA